AUGGCUUAUGGUAAUAUGUUUCCUGCCAAUGGAAACCUAAUAUCUCUUAAUGCCUACUCUCAGAUUCCCUUCAAUCUUGCAAAAACUGGUGGAAAUUAUUCAUCGUGGAAGUCCCAAAUGACCAAUAUUCUCUUUGGCUAUGGACUCCUUGGGUUUGCCGAUGAAACUUAUCCUUGCCCACAGAAAACUGAUUCUGGAUAUUCUUUUUGGACUCGUCAGGAUCGAUUGGUGCUACUUGGAAUUCAGGCCACUGUUCACAGCAUAAUCAGCCCGACGAUAAACAACUGUACCACCUCUGCAAAUGCCUGGAUCAAUCUGGAAACGAGUUUUGCUAAUCGUUCAAGCACUCGAGUGCUCUCCAUUAUGCCAUCUCUUAUGUCAAACAAGAAGGAAGGAAAGACAGUGGCUACACAUAUGAGCAGGGUGAAAAGCCUAACUGGUGAUCUCGCAGCUAUUGGAUACCCUCUGAAUGAUGCUCAAAUCUUGUCCUUUCUUGAUGAGGAAUUAAUUCACAACCAUGGAGAGGCAAGGGAAAAAGAUGUUCAAGUCACUGCACAGCUAACACUAAAAUAUCGUGGUGGCCGAGGAGGAGAUCGUAGUGGUCAAGGAAGCUAUCGUGGUGGCUACAACAACAAUACUCAUGGUUCAGAUAGCAAUUUAUAUGGACAUGAUUCUCAGCCUAAUCAUAUGCAAACCAAUCGGCAGCUACCUUAUGGACGAGGUAUAAAUUUCUCUUAUCUCCAGUCAUACUCAUCUUCACAUAAUCCAAAUCUUUAUCAGAGGAACUAA